AUGGGUAACACCGACAAGCUGAUGAACCAAAUCUUCGAUCUGAAGUUUACGUCCAAGUCUCUGCAGAGGCAAGCGAGGAAGUGCGAGAAAGAGGAGAAGUCAGAGAAGCUAAAGGUGAAGAAAGCCAUUGAGAAAGGGAACAUGGAUGGUGCUCGGAUCUACGCCGAGAACGCCAUCCGCAAGCGCAGCGAGCAGAUGAACUACCUCCGUCUCUCAUCUCGCCUGGACGCUGUUGUCGCUCGGCUCGAUACUCAGGCCAAAAUGGCCACCAUCACCAAAUCCAUGACUAACAUCGUUAAAUCUCUCGAAUCAUCCCUCGCCACCGGCAACUUACAGAAGAUGUCAGAGACAAUGGAUUCGUUUGAGAAACAGUUUGUGAACAUGGAAGUCCAAGCUGAGUUCAUGGAGAACGCAAUGGCUGGCUCUACUUCAUUGUCCACUCCGGAAGGAGAAGUCAACAGCUUGAUGCAGCAAGUUGCAGAUGAUUAUGGUCUUGAAGUCUCUGUUGGGCUGCCUCAGCCUGCUGGUCAUGCCAUUCCUACCAAGACCGAGGAGAAAGUUGAAGAGGACGAUUUGUCAAGGAGACUCGCUGAGCUUAAAGCCAGAGGAUGA